AUCUAUGUAAAACUACAUUUGACCAAAUGGAAGAAAGUUGAAAAUAGGAAGCAUUAAAAUUUGUCUGCUCUUCAACUGCUUUACCUAAACCAAAAGUUCAAUUUGAAUCUCGGCACCGGAAAAAAUGGCAUUUCCGGCUAAGAAAUUUAUAACCUCUUCUUUCUUUGGGUUUACACUUCUGGUCGCUCUAGUGGCUUUUCUCCUAAAAUUUAACUCUUCACAGAAAUUGUUCACUGUUGAAGAGCUGGCGCUAUAUAAUGGAACUGGUGAUUCAUUACCCAUACUCUUAGGAAUUUUGGGAUCUGUAUUUGACGUUACGAAGGGAAAAUCUCACUAUGGUGCUGGAGGAGGUUACAAUCAUUUCGCUGGAAGAGAUGCCUCCCGUGCAUUUGUUUCUGGAAAUUUUACAGUGAGGAGCAAACAAAGAAAAAGAAUUAGAGAUGGACUUACAGAUGCAUUGCGAGGUUUAUCCAGCACCGAGGUUCAUAGUGUAGUUGGAUGGCGAGACUUCUACUUCAGAAGCUACAAAUUUGUUGGAAGGCUUGUGGGUCGCUACUAUGAUAGCCAAGGAAAUCCCACAAAAUAUCUAAAGGGAGCAGAAGCAAAGGCUGCUAGAGGAGCACAACUCAUGGAGAAACAAAAAGAAAUGGAAGCUAAGCAACCCAGUUGCAAUUCAAGAUGGAGUCAAGAUGAUGGUGGAGAGGUUUGGUGUGAUAAUGGCUUCCCAAGGUUGGUUCAGAGACCUUUAGAAAUUGCUUUGACGGGAAAGAUGAGCAAGCGAUGUGCCUGCUAUAAUGAAGAUCAACUUGGCCAGCCAGGGUUAGAGGUCUAUAGUGGAUGUGAUUACCUUGCAAAGAGAUGCCGAGUUUAAAUGAAAGAGCUUGAAGAAGUCAUUUGUAUAGUUGAAGCCCCUUAAAUUCCAGUGAACUUUUUGAAGAUAGGAGGUCGGCAAAGAGUGAAGUGUACCCAUGUUACGCACUUCAUUGCUAACCUGAAUUAUUUGUUGCUUAAUUUUCCUGGAUUAUCGUUGGUCUGUUUUGAGUAAAUUGAAAGAGUGUCAAUUCAUGUAUGCUAUUGCAGCUAUAGAAAUUUGUGGUUUCUUUCCAUCAUUUUUUUUUUCAGUUAAAUACUAAGAUAAAAUCUUUAGAUAA